AUGGACUCAUUUUGUGCGUUAUGUUUGACCUUCUGCAUUGACGAAAGGGAGAGGGGAUCUGCUCGGCCUUGUCUUCAUUCAAUCAUAGUCUGGAAGCAUUUUUUUUGGGAGCAUGGUGCAUGGGAUGAAGAAACGCCGCGCUUUGAAUUGCAUAUACGAUUUGAUGCAACUGCUUUUGUGCAGAUGGCAGUGAUGGGUGAUGGUUUCAAUCUCUUGUAUGUCGGGUGGAGGGCGAGUGGGUCGUGGGUUGGGGGCAAGGAAAAAAAGAAAACUGAGACAUUAAUGCAUCUGUACGUAUCGUGA